AGAGUCACUAAAUCACCGGCGGAGCGCGCCUGUGCAGGGGGCGCUGAUAUGCUCUCUCCUCCGCGGAGGAAAAUCGGGGAGCGGGGCAAUGUCCCCCAGUGAGGACCCCGCGCAUUUGCCUCGUGGGCCGCGGCCCUUUUAAUUCCCCCCCACGCGCGAGGGCGGCGAUUGGCGCGAACCGGGAGCGGGAAGCGGCUCGGCGCCGCCAUGUGCUCCCUGGGGCUGUUCCCGCCGCCGCCUCCCCCUGGCGAUGUCACCCUGUACGAGCUCAACAACGCCCUGGUCUGCGGCCGCCUCAGCGAGCAGCUGCCGCUGGCCUUCCAGAGCCAGGUGCCGGAGCUGCCGGUGCUGAGCCUGCCCAAGGAGCCGCUCAAGGCCCACGGCCGCCUGGAGCCCAGCGCCCGCCCGCCCUUCAUCCACCACCGCGAGUCGCUCUGGAAGCGCUGCCUCAGCGCCUGGCGCGACGCCGGGCUCUGCGGGCUGCUCCGGGAGCUGGCCAGCGCCGACGAGGACGGGCUGCAGUGGCUGCGGACGGGCUCGAGCCACGCGCUGGCCGUGUGCCGCUGGCUGUCCUCGCUGCACGGGUCGCUGUUCCCUCACCUCUCCCUGACCAGUGAGGACAUGAUCGCUGCCUUCUCCCAGGCCGUGGACUGGGCUGGCUGCACCAUCCGGGCCUUCGCCUGGCACCCCCACACCAACAAAUUCGCUGUGGCUCUUCUGGACGAUUCCAUCCGUGUGUACAACUCCAGCAGGUCUCCCUGCUCCCCCAGGGAAUGCCAGUCCCUGCUCAGGAGAAGACUCUGCCGGCUGCUCCUGCAGCCCCCCCAGGUGUCCCCAAGCUGGGAUUUCCGGCCAGCCCGGGCCUUGUCCGGCCUGGGGACAGCUCGGCUCAGUCACACCAGUGCCACCGUGCCCUCGCUCAAGCAUCGCCUGCAGAGGAACGUGGCCGCCAUGGCCUGGAAGCCGCUCUGCGCCUCCAUCCUGGCCGUGGCCUGCCAGAGCUGCGUGCUGGUGUGGCACCUGGACCCCACCUCGCUCUCCACGAGGCCCUCGUCGGGCUGUGCCCAGGUGCUGUCCUGCCCCGGGCACAGCCCUGUCACCAGCCUGGCCUGGGCGCCCAGCGGCGAGCGGCUGCUCUCGGCGUCCCCCGUGGACACGGCCAUGCUGGUGUGGGACGUGUCCACUGAGACCUGUGUCCAGCUGCAGUGGUUUGGGGGUGGCGGUGUCACCUACUUGGCCUGGUCCCCCGAUGGCAGCAAGGUGCUGGCAGCCACCCCCUCGGCUGUGUUCCGGGUGUGGGAGGCCCAGAUGUGGACGUGUGAGCGCUGGCCCACCAUCAGGGGACGCUGCCAGACAGGGUGCUGGAGCCCCGAUGGCAGCCGCCUGCUCUUCUCCGUGCUGGGCGAGUCCGUCAUCUACUCCUUGUCCUUCUCCGAGUACCGGGGGGAGAUGCAGGGGCAGGUGGGAGGCUCCAAAACGGCCUCGAUCGUGGCAGACCUGUCUGAGACCACCUUCGAGACCCUCUACGGGGAGGAGAGGAUUGGAGGAGAGGUUCAUUCCAUGGUGUGGGACCCCACUGGGGAGAGGCUGGCGGUGAUCAUCAGAGGACAGCCCGAGGCUCCGGGCAGCCAGGUGGCCGUGGCCGUGUUCCGCACCCGCAACAGCCCCGUCUUCGAGCUGCUGCCCUGCGGUUUCGUGCGGGGCGAGCGCGGCGCCCGGCCCCAGCUCAUCUCCUUCCACCCCUGCUUCCCUCAGGGCGCCCUCCUGACCGUGUGCUGGUCCUCGGGAAGGAUCUCCCACAUCCCCUUCUUCUUCGUCAGCGCCCUGGAGCCGCGCAGCCCCCGCCGCAGCCCCGUGCCCGUGCUGGGCAGCGUGCGGGAGCAGCCGCUCUUCUCCGAGCUCUGAGCGCCUCCCUUCCCUCCGGGAGCCCCACCCUGCUCAGGGCCUGCCGCUGCUGCUCCUGCCCCCAUUAAAGCUGCAUUUUCCCUCC